AAUUUUCAAGAUUUUUACUAAAAAGCCAUUUAUUCUUAGUUUUUUUCCAAAAUAAAUGACUAAAAAAACCAUUUCGCAGGACGAAAUUAACAUAUAUGACCGUCAAAUACGUUUAUGGGGAAUUGACGCACAAACAAGUAUAAGCAAUUCUCAUGUUCUUCUUGUUGGUGUUCGCGAAUUGGCGGAAGAAAUAGGUAAAAAUCUUGUUUUAGCGGGUAUUGGCAGUUUAACGCUUUUGGACGGAGAAAAAAUCAAGAAUAUUGAGUCAAAUGCACAUUUCUGUAUCAAUGUCACUGACAUAGGGAAAACAUACGCAGAAGCAGUAUCGAAUGUAUUAAAAAAGUUUAAUUCGUCAGUAAAGCUUAUUGCAAACACUACAAACAUUUAUGAGGUCCCGGAUGAUUACUUUUCAUCGUUCGAUAUUGUUAUUAGUUGUGAAUUAGAAUUAGAUUUAAUGAUGCGUUUAAAUACAAUAUGUAGGAAAUACAAAGUUGCAUUUUAUAGCUGUGCUAUGUAUGGAUUUUAUGGAUAUAUUUUUUCGGAUCUGAUUAAACAUACAUAUAGCAUAGAAAAGAAAAUGUCAGGAAGACUCAAAGAAAGUGUAAGAAUUCAAUCUACGGAACAUUAUUAUCCUCUUUCGGAAAUUAUUCAUCAUAAAUAUGGAGAAACACUAACGCAAAAACGUAAAAAGAAGGUUUCUCCUCUUCUUCCGGGGAUAAUAGGACUAUGGAAAUUUCAGCAGAAAUUUUCUCAUUUUCCCUCUAAUUCUGAAGAGAUAACACAAUAUCUUUCUCUAAUUAAAGAAAUAAACUCACAAUUUGGAUUAUCUGAAGAUAUUUUGGAAAAUAAUGUACUUGUUAAUUUAGCAAAAAAGGCCAAUUGUAAAUGGUCACCUGUUGCAUCAGUUAUUGGAGGCAUCUUGGCUCAAGAUAUUCUAAAUGUCUUGAGCAAACAAGAAAGACCAAUUCAAAAUUUGUUCUUUUUUGAUGGUGAAAUAUGUGCUGGACCUAUUUAUCAAAUAUAGAAAAUCUACAUAAAAAUAUACUCUAAUUACUAAAAAUUAUAAUCGAUUCUAAAUUGCAAAAAAAAACACAAAAACUACAAAACCAAAAAACAUUAUAAAAAUUUAAUCAAUAGCAAUCCUUCUAGUAACUGAACAAGCUGAUUUAGGAACUGUAAUCUUCAAUAUUCCGUUUUCUAAAGUCGCCUUGACAUGAUCUCUAUCAACAUUUGUUGGGAAACAGAUUUUACGACUAAAUUCACCAAAAGCUCGUUCUUUAUACCAAUAAGUAACACGAGGCGACUUUUUUAAUACAUUUUUUUCACAAACUUUAAGUGAUGUAGAUUUGCUUUUAGAUUUAGGUUCUUCAUCUACUAUCUCCUCCACUAUCGGCCCAUCACCAUUUGAUUUAUUACAGUUUAGUCGCUCAAUAUGUCCCUGAACUACAAUUGUUUUUUGAUCAACAAAUUCAAUUAUAAUUUCUUCUUUUUUCAAUCCCGGUAAUUCUACUUCAACACAAUAUUCUUUAGCUGAUUCUGACAUAUCAAUCCUUGGUGAUAAAGUCCUAUCAGCUAAAUUUUCCUUAAAAUAAAACAAGGGCUCAUCAAAUGUACUAUGAAUGAAUCGCCCCAAAUCUGUCGGGAAAAAUGUUGUUUCAAGCAUCCUGGGGAAUAUCAUUGAGACUCUCAAAUACUAAUUAUUC